AUGCGCCAGAAAGCACAGGUUUCUCCCUCUUUCGUGGCCAAAAAGAACGCCAUUCUUGCCUUACUCUCCACCCCCGAAUCUACCUACACGGACCUCUCCCCCAAAGGCUCCGUUGACGCAGCAAUUAAGCCUCUCAUUGAUCGCAUCAAUGCAUUGGACGGUGUAGUGACUACAAGUUCCUGCGCGGGGAGAGUGACUGUCUUUCUUGAGGGCAGAAAGCAGGGCAAAGGGUAUGAGGAAAGAGGACCUGCUAGGAAUGAUGGGAGGUUUGGGAAGGAGUCGGAGCAGGCUGCUGUGCCCGGGGGAAAAGGAAUGGGUGGAAAAUGGCUCUUUGUAAGCCAUGAGCCGGUUGGAAUAUUCAAGAAGGACGAGGGGAACGAAAAUUUAACGGAGCUUCUGGGCUUGCGUUCAUCGGGAGCGCAGAAUGAGGCUCUGGCUCUCAGUGGAGAGGCCAAUGAGAUGCGACUUGCAAGAUUUCAAUUCGAGCCUAUGAUCCUCCACAUCAUGACCGCUUCUUUACACCGUGCCCAACCCAUUCUCGCAGCAGCCAUCAACGCGGGAUUUCGAGAAAGCGGCAUCCAGAGCCUCAAAAAUUUGGACGAUCGUACUGCCUUUCCUAUGGUUGCUAUUCGGACAGCUGGUCUGGCUUUCGAAUCGUUAGUCGGACUCAUACCAAAUCGUACACAGGAUCGAGAAGAUGGAGCUGAGAUUGAAGAGCACGUCACCUGCAUUGUUAGCGAAGAGUACCUGGAGCUUCUGGUCAACAUCGCAAAUGAGAGAUUCAAAACAAAUGCAGAAAGAAUACAGAGGUUUGAACAAGAUCUAUUCAAGAGAGAGGAGGGCCUCGGGCAGGCGUGGGAAGAUAGCAAUUGCAGGCAGGAGAGGAAGAGAGCUGAGGGCCUGGAGCAGCAGCAGACGUUGCGAAAAGCGCAGGUGACUCAAGAAAGGGGUGGCCCUUCGCCGUCUGAUAUUGAUGAAGGCAUAGACAAUGCUGGACUUUUUAGCUCUUCGCCACCACCCUGA